GUCAACUACAAGUCUCACGAUCCUCCAUUCCCUACCAAACCCAUGUCGCAGCAACUAACAGCCCAAAGCCCUUUGUCGGCCGUUUUCCUUUUGCACAUUGCGCUGGAGAUCCCAUUAGCCAUUCAGGGCCUAUGGGCACCUCAGGGUUUGCCCUUCCUCGAGCUCAACAACACCACUUUGGUGUUUGUCAAGCUUUACGCCGCUCUAAGUUUGGCAACAUGCAUCGCUUGCCUUUUGGUGCACUCCCUUCCUGAGUUCCUGCCCGGGAAACGUGCGCUCGCGAUCGCACUCUGUGUCCAUCACAGCAUCGUGUCCACGGUCCUCUUCCAAGCGCCUCGCUUCAUCCCACACUCCUUUGGACAGCUCGCGGAGGGGUACAAAUUCACGCCAGAGAUCUUGUGGGGCGGGUUACACGGGGUGUUGAGUUUGGGCAUGGUGGCAUGGUGGCAGGGUACUGUCGCAUAUGCCGCAAUGGCGAGAAAGAUGCAAUAG